CCUUGCUUGCUUGCUUGGUCUGCAACAAUUGCAAGUCGACGUCUUUGGAGCUACAACACCCGUCCCUUGCUUCAGCAGUUGGUUGGUGGGGGUGGAUACAGAAGAAAGAACUUCCAUUCCUUUCUUCAUCAUCAACGAUUCGUUCCUCAUUUCAUGAGGUUAGUGAGCUGGGCUGAACAAUAAUUCGGCUUCCGAGCGUCACCUGGGGUCAUUUGGGUGGACUCAUCCGGCCUUCAGCAGUGAUUUCAGGAGUUUGGGCGUCACGAGACACAUCUAAGCGAUUGCGCUAUUAAACCUCUCCACAACAGACUUUGGAGUUUCGCCGGUCCAAGACUUUUGACCCUAGAGCAGCGGGUACGGGGGACUCUUCCUGGGAAACGAUGUGAAAUUUCUGGAACAUCUUGAACGAGAACAAGUCUGCCAGUGCAGACUUUUCUUGAAGGGUAUGAAGAUUAGGGUUUAGGGUUUAGAGACAGUCUUCUGUUUACAGAAGACUAUAUCUUUUCUUCAAGAGAUAGUCUUCUGUAAACAGUGUAUAUGAUUGGCUCAAUUCAUCACGUUUAAUGGAGUGGAUAUUCGAUCUCUUUGUCCACCAUCUUUGUGAUCUACGUAUCGCAACUACUUGCACUUCAUGAGCCAGGAAAUGAAGCUCAUUAGUGCUUCGGAGAAAUUGUACGUAGUUUGAAACGGAAUUCGAGACAAGAGAAUGUUCAGAGUAAGAUCCUUAUGCGAUUCCUGGUGCCAGACAGGCCGGGAUCUGCAUGUACGUAGCAGAAGUCCAGUGAAAGGAGAAAUGGACAUCCAACCUCCAUGGUUUUGAAGGGUGACAUCAUGUGCGCGAUAGUAGGAAUAUCAGGAAAAGUACGGCUUGCCCUCUCGUGUCGUCUAUCUUCUACAGACGAGGUGAGACUAGGGGAAAGAGGGAGGGAGUGUGGGGAGGAGGUGGGGAUGAUGCAAGGAAAUGUGUGACUAGGGUACCAAAUUUUCGAAAUGUCACCGGAAGGUGACAUCUGGUUUAAGCUUCUGGCUGAAGGUGAACAGACGACGGUGAUCACAAUCAUCCAAAUGUCACACGAUACCUGGAUUAACAUGGACACCAUAAUCAUCAUCUGAGAGUACAGUGCCGAUAAAUAACGAUCUCACUGGAGUAAGACUCUAAUUGGAGAGCAACCAGAUCAUGCUCAGCGGAAAUCUAGCAUUUCAACAAUAAAAAAUUUGAACCUCAGCUUUCAAAUGGGUGGUCCAGUACCAUCGAUUCUAUCUUCCUUUACCAGAGUAGAAGUUGAUGACCGCCUACAUGAACGCAGCAGUAGCGGGGACGAGAGUCAAGCGCACUGGACAGAAACGGAGGUUUCUCCCUUGAAAUGGCUAGAGAAGCCACAAGUAUAUGCAAGUGAGUCGAAAAAGUGGAUAGGGCUACAAGAGUGGACGAUGAAGUUAAGUAUCCUAAAAGCCUCCUAUCUUUCAAAUCAAAGUACAAAAACGCUCAUGAUGGAAUGUUCAUCGCUAGUAAAAAAAUUGCAUGCUUUACAUCUCGUAAAUCCUCGUCAAUACUGAAUUUUGUACUAGCGAUAUACUCUCAUAACCAUUCCAAGUUUUAGCCUAAAAUGAGGACGCUGUAAAGUCCACGUUAGCAAAUGAUCUUAAAAAAAAGUAGCUGAAAGCACCUUGUUUCCCCUAUAUGUGCUAGACAGGGCGAAGAGGGAUAACCACAACCGUACUUUGAUGGUUGUGAUGGAAGAGAAGACGUCUUCUACAUCUUCGCCGCGAAGGCGAGAGGAAAUGUUUUGACCAGAGUUUCGUUGAGUUAUGGCCGGCGCAUGGACAACUAACUCUCGGGUUGGAAGGAAUGGGCCUUGUGGCCGUGAUUCUGUCUUCCGCCGUGGAAGUCAGAAACUCGGCUGAAAGUUAAUAAGCUUCGCAAGAGUUGUCACAUCGUCAUUAGAUUGUGAGAAAUCCGGCAGUCUCCCGCCACGAUUGAAUUCCGAAUCGGCAGGCAGGGCUGAGACAAAAUGGAGAAGGCGGCGGCGGGAGCGGACCAACAUUCUGCAUCAAGAUCGUCGGAAGGCCGAUGGCGGCAAGAAGGGAGGAGGAAUCGUGCGCUCAGGACUUUUUGAGCAGAGCUAGAAGGGCCUUGCGUUCCCAUUUGCGCGCGCGCAUCGAACCUGCAUUGGGACUUCGCUCACUGGAUAUAACGGACACGGGUUUCGGAUCCGUCUCUUCGCAUCUGACUUCAUUUUGCUCACCAUACCAACCUUGAUUUGCAUCUCCCGUGACCUCGGUUCCAUAGCUGACGGCCGAUGACAGCCUGUCCCCACCGCAUCAGUUACCACGGAUUACGCAGAGAGUACGUUUAGGGUUUGGAACUCAGGCGUCGGCUCAGACACGACUCGUUUAUGUACAUUACUAUCGUUGCUGGCAGGACCCCAGCACAAAGGAGUCAACUCGAACCCGGACGUCGUCGUGCAACGGAACGACAUGGAACUUUGAUUAUCAGAGAUGGUUUGUGUGGCAUGCACUUGACAACCCAAAGAAGACACACGACGCGAAAUACAGAUGUUUGCACCAAAGCUCGAAUGUCAAAAUGAAGACGCCCACAAACUGCUGGACAAGGGGGUGCUCGUUAGCAGCAAUUUGACGUCACAUGCGUGCAAAACGUUAUAAGUUACCUGGACAUAACCAGGUUGGCUAUAGGGAUAGAGGUCAUCAAGAACGAGGUCCCCAUGGGUGUCCCGUGUAUUUUCCCGUGCCUGUGUUGCUUAAACUUCGGCAUCUCUUCCAUGUCUCCAGAUUUCAACCUGGAGUAUUUCUCCACAUUGUCUAACAGCCUCAAGUCCUCAGCGGGCCGAUCGACGCGAGAGUCGUCUCUGCUUCUCUCCAAACUCUCCUUACUAUCAGCGGAGAGCGAGUGAACGACGACGUUCCCCAAGCUCGGGAUUUGCCUAUGUCGUUUUCUCCUCCACUUCAGACCAGUCGAUGUGACUUUCUUCACUUCAUCACCGGAGUCCACCGCCAUUCGGCGGCUAGAAUCACGACUGCUCUCACUGUCCUGUCGCUCCUCCUUGACGGACUCCAAGACGUGCGUCAGUUCCUCUACUUUCCCUGAUUUUGUCAUGGCUACUCCGGUGCAAUCCUCGGCGUCAGGUCUCGAGGCGGAUCCCGUCGUCGUUAGCUUGCGGCUGUGAUCGCACGCGUGCUGACUGUCUUCUUCAACAUUGCCGGGUCCUCCGACCCGAGGAGGAGCGUUCCACGAGUCUCUCCCCACAGCGCAGCUUGUGGACUUCGAUAUCAUGCUCAGAAUCCGAGCACCUGCCUCUUCAUCGAAGGAGCCAGACUCCAGACUUCCGUUGGCAUGCGAUCCGAGUAUACUCGAUCCAUUGCUGGUUUGAUUGCUUGCUUUAGGGCUGGGCUUCACAUCGAGCGGAGCGCAGCCCAGAAGCAAAGACACAGACGACCAACGCCCGUGCAUCCACUCCCACGAAGGUCUCAAAUCCGAUUCUCGGACCGUCGCUCGGUAGCGUUCC